CAUUUGUGCAAGUGUCGGUCGACUGCUUAGGUGGCAGUUUGGAACGUCAGAAUUUUGGAAUUAAUCCGAUUUUUAACUAUAUUUAGCUUUCGAAGGCUUUCUCAAUUUCUUGCAUUAGAAAGAUUGAAGGUGUCUGCUUGAUAUGGCCAAGUGCCGUUGGGUUGGAUCCUAAGAAAUCUUGUAAAUUGGCUUAUAUUAUCUAUAACGAUGAUACAUCCAAAAUGAUAACUCUGUUAUUGUUGUAUUCAUAUCUAUCUCGUCACUUUUUUUAAUUCUGACCAAAGUUCUUAAUAUUUAGUCUUUUUUAUGGAAGAAUCAGUUUUAUUUACAAGAGAUUUUGUGAUAUACAGAUAAUAUAAAUGCCAAUCCAGGCGCCUCAGUGGACGGACUACCUAAACUGUCCGGUUUGCUGCCGAGAGUUCGGGCCGCCGCCCCGGAGCCCCAUCAGUCUCGGCUGCGGCCACACCUUGUGUAGACACUGCCUCAAACAUCUUCACAGGAAACAAUGUCCGUUCGACCAAACCGUGAUCCAGGUUGACUUAGAAGAGCUGGUGGUGAACACUGCGCUGCUCCAGUUGGCGGGGUACCCUCCCCCCGCGCAGCCCUACCACCCCCCGAGCAUCCAGGCGCUGUCGGAGGCGGAGCGACAAGCGUAUGACGUCAUCGUGCGCAGUAUGGAACAUUUGGCAGUCUACCUCAAGUUUUGUGGCAAUGCGAAUAACAGUACGGGUAGUCGUCUGUCUCGGCCGAUGCAACGGAAGCUUGUGACGCUGUUGCAAUGUGCUGUGACGGACGAGGAGGGGCGGGGGCGGGCGGCGAGGGCGGCCCGUUCUCUAGGGGAGAGGACCGUCACAGAACUAAUACUGCAGCACCAGAACCCACAGCAGCUGAGCGCCAACCUGUGGGCGGCGGUGCGCGCGCGCGGCUGCCAGUUUCUGGGCCCCGCGAUGCAGGAGGAGGUCCUCAAACUGGUGUUGUUAGCGCUCGAGGACGGCUCCGCCCUCUCUAGAAAGGUUUUAGUGAUGUUUGUAGUCCAAAGAUUAGAGCCUCACUUCCCGCAGGCUUCCAAAACUAGUAUAGGUCACGUUGUCCAGCUCUUGUACAGAGCUUCUUGUUUUAAGGUUUCAAAACGCGAGUGCGACUCAUCGCUAAUGCAGUUGAAAGAGGAGUUUCGCACAUACGAGUCACUGAGGCGAGAACACGACGCCCAAAUAGUCCAAAUAGCAACCGAAGCCGGUCUGAGAAUAGCCCCCGAUCAAUGGAGCGCGUUGUUGUACGGUGAUACGACGCACAAGAGCCACAUGCAGAGUAUAAUAGACAAGUUGCAGACGCCACAAAGUUUCGCGCAGUCAGUUCAGGAGUUGUUCAUAGCGCUGCAGAGGACUGGGGACCCAGCCCAGCUGGGGAUCAUGAGCAGACAUUUGGAUAGGCUUGCCAGCAUCGACGCAAGUCCAGACGCAAAGAGUCCCCAGUGGAAGCAGUUGGCGGACGUGAUGGAUUCCCUGAAGGAGGUGGUCUCCGGGCUCAUACACUAUCUGCAGCAACAGAGCUGCCGGGACGCCAACCACAACCAGAAGGAACGCGCGGAGCCAUCUAACCAGCCGUCGCCGCAGACUGCGGCGUCGACGCCCACCCACACCAAAUAUAAGGUGUCGAUGUGUCGCGACGCGGCCACGCGGUCCUUCUGCCCCCGAGGCAACACCUGCACCUUCGCGCAUUCGGAGGAGGAACUCGAGAGGUACAGAGCUAUCCCGGCCGCGAACCAGACAAACGGCAACUACCCGUUCAUGCCGCCGCUGCCGGCGACCAUGCCGCUGCCGCCCGCCAUGACGCAGCUGCCGCUGCCGCCCCCCACCAUGUUUCCCAGAUUUCCCAUGCCCCCCCACCAUUUGGACAACUACAAUGUGCCACCCAUGCCGACGUUGCCGACACAGCCGCUGCCCGACAUGCUGCCCAAAGAGUACCCGCCGGACACGUCUCACACUGUCGAUGGCGUCAUUACUCCUAGCAACUACCCGACGCCCCUCAUACACAACGCGCAAAUUAACAUUAACCAGAACGGUAUAAUGAUACCGGUCGCAGAGCGCCCGUUCUACGGGCGAUAUAACAAAAUGGUGGUCGACGCGAGCUUGCCAAAGCUGGGCUGGACGCAGUGCCCCGUGUACCCCGUGCAGGGCUACCAGAUAGAGAAUAUGCCGCAGAACCUUUUCGUGCCCGUCAAACAUGAACCACAGAGGAACGCUAGCCCAUACUCUAACGUGCAUUCGGCACCUUCCGAAGACUACCUCCUGUCAGACUACCGGAUAAAACCGAGUUUCCCCGCGGUGCCGCCGGAGCGCAGAGCUGACUGGCCGCCCAAUAGUAACGACAUAUUUUCAAUGAGGCACACUGUACCGCAUUGCUCGUCAACCUCCGAGGAUAUGUUUAAUGUCAGCGGAGAUCGGUUGGCAGUGGGCGCGGACCGGCUGAUCGCUAUGACAGAUCGCCUGUCAGUCAGCGACGUCCGCGCUGACGAUCAGGAGUUAGAGAAGGAGCUGCAAGCGUUGGAACGUCGGAUCGAUACGGAGUUCAAGAGCACCGACUAGUAUCGGCGUGGUGACGUACGCGGGGCAAGCGUAUCGGCGUCUAGCCGGUUACAACCAGUUUCAGCUGGUUCGCACUAGAUACAACUGGUUCGUACGGCGAGUCUGCCUCGAAAUAAGACUGGAUUUAUCACAAUACCAAAGUUAAUUUCGAGGCGUAACGCCUCAAGCAACGGGGAGCAACGCUUCCUUGGAUCGCGUCCGACGACGAUCUGAGCUCAACAUUUGAAUUUAACUCUAUGAUUUACUUCCAUAAAAAAAAAUUAUUUAUUGUUUGUGAUUUUUGUUAUUGUUAUUUUAUAAUCUGUUUUUUUUUUUGCAAAACAGAUGGAUAUUAUGGCGUUGUAGUCAACUUCACAUGUAAAUCGCGCGGAUGCUUUUUUUUUUAAUCGAAUAAUUUCGCCAAAAACUCAGCUGUAGCAACACCGGCUUAGGGGCCGGAACCAUUGCUCCGUCGUGUUUUACGUUUCGACCACGCAGGGCGUUGCUGCUCCAUUGUGCUGUAAAACAGAACAGUCGAAACUCCAUCAACGUACGUACGUCAACGCAACGGAGGAUGACGAAGCAAUGGGGCCGGGCCCUAACAAUUAUCAAUUAAAUCACCACUGUCUUUAUAAGCGCUGGUUGUAAGUGUUGCUAUUGUAGGUAUGACUAAUUUAUGUUAAUAUUGACUUAUACUACACAAAUAUGCGAAAAACCUUUUUUUUUUCUGUCGAAACAUUACAAUGCUGGAACUUUUGUUAAUAUUAUGCGCGGACGCAGAAACCAACUUAAUCAGACAAUUGUAGAUGACUUACGGUCUUCUAUUAGCAUCGUUAUAAACAUAAUAAUUAUUUUUCUUUUUGUUUGACUUUCUUCGUGUAUCAAUUGGCCAAAGGUCGAAUAUUCUAAUGUCAUAUAUAUUAAUUCGUGGAAGUAUAUAUAUAUUUUUUCAAGCAUUCUUCAUGUUUAUCGGGAAUUUGGAAAAUAUAUCACUUUUAUAUACUAGCGGGUAAUGAACAGUGAAAUUGUAAAUAUGUAAUGAUAGUGUUUCACAUAUUUACAUUCGAGAAUUAGUCUGAUAUUGUUCGUCGAGUUGCAUAGUGGUACAACUUCGUGUUGCGAGUCAUUCACACAAAUUUUGAUACCAAUUAUAAUUUCUACCAUAGGCAUUUGUGACCAAUAUUGGCUCAUGAUGUCCAACCGAAAACGCCUGCCACCAAAAGGUCAUUAAACUAUAGAGAUUACAGCGAGUCCAGUUAUCAAAAUUUUUGAUGCAAGACAUAUAUUGCUAUCUUCCCGAGGUAUAUACAUAGGUGUAACGUAUAUUAGCCGUAUAGUACCUUUCAACGUGCAAGAAGGAGAGGUUGGGAUGAAAGAGAUAGUAAUACAUACUUGUGUCAAUAAGUUCCUGGGAGUACUAGGCUUCAGUCUUAUUUGGUGGUUCUCAGAGCGUUUCGACAGUUGCGGCUGCGCUGUUAUUACGAAUUUUCUACUUAUAUUAUUACGAAUUUUCUUGAGAAUCAUUUCCAAAAUCAGUCAUACAUAAAAUUGACAUUACAACCAGUACAGAUAAUUAUUUUAAAGUCCGAUAGUAAAACUAGUUCUUGUUUUUGUUAAAAUUUGAAAAAUUGUAAUGACAGCGCGUUCGCAGCGGUCGAAACUAUCUGAGAACCAGCCACCUAUAGUUUCAAGGCCAUUGUGCACAAGUCAACACCAUCGGUUAAAUUUAAAACACGCGACUAAGUACAUCUUUUUCUAGUGGUGCAAUGGCGCGGUAAUAACGCAGUACCCUCUUAUUCAUAGAAAAGUUUAAAAGCAUUUUACAAUAUUUGACAUUGUUAAAACGUAAAAAAACCUACUUAAAUUAUACUUUAACUUUUUCACGAAAAACCAGUCCAUUAAAAUUACACGAAACGAAGUGCAACUUGACGAACUAAAAUCUAAAUACCAUAGAGAAAAUAUUUUUUUAUUGCAAGCCUAAUAAUGUCUGUAGGGAAAACGUUACUCCAGACUGCAUAGGCUCGCGUAGACUCAACUGGAUACUGCCCCUGUAGAAUAGUCAUUUAAGAAGGCCUAAAACCGACUCGUAACUGUUGGGGUCUGUUGCUA